AUGCUGUCUCUGCAGCAAUUGCGAUGCUCCAUAAUUUAUAGCAUUCCUGCCUUUCCCGUGUCAUAUCAAUCUCGCAGAUUUCUUUCUACCGCUCGUUAUGAUCCUUCAAAGGUUCGCAACCUAGCUGUGGUUGCGCACAUCGAUUCGGGGAAGACUACUUUGACUGAGUCGAUUCUUCUCAAGUCUUCGUACCUGUCUUCUUCAGGAUCUGUUGAUACCGGAAGCACUACAACAGACUUUUUGCCCGCAGAGCGCGAGAGAGGAAUCACCAUACAAUCAGCCAGCAUACCUGUCAAGUGGAGAUACUGGAAAUUCAACCUCAUAGAUACUCCUGGACACGCGGAUUUUGGAAUGGAGGUUGAGAGUGCGAGUCGGGUCGUGGAUGGCGCCGUUGUUUUGAUUGAUUCAGUAGAGGGUGUUGAGGCGCAGACGAAAGGGGUCUGGAACCAGUUGGAUAGAUACGGUGUUCCAACCAGAAUCCUGUUUGUGAAUAAAUUAGAUCGUCCGGGAGCCUCAUUCAAUCUAUCUUUGCUUUCUUUGCUCUCUCACCGAAUUCACCCCAAACCCAUGGCGCUGACCCUUCCGAUUGCCUCGUUCAACCCUGACAAUUAUUCUCGAGCAGAGCCCGGUAUUGAGGGGCUUGUGGACCUCGUCAGGUGGGAGAUAUGGAAAUGGGAGGCAGACGGAUCAUGCUCACGGCACCCUCUUCCUCUGGAAGUGGAUAAACUUUAUGAGACAGGGAUCUUGCCUGCUCAACACCCCAUUAUUUCUCAUCUUGUUCCAGCCCGUACCGAACUCAUAGAGAAUAUUGCUAUGUUCUCUGAGCCACUCAUGGAAGCCCUCCUGGAACUGCCGUCGACUCCGUCCGCAUAUCUCAGUGUAUUGCCUUCUACAAUACUUCCACAUCUUCGUGCAGCAACGUUACGCUCGGAUGUCCUUCCCAUCAUCUGCGGGUCCGCUAUCAAGAACAUCGGAACUGAAAUUCUUAUGGAUUAUGCUGGAGAGUUAUUGGCGAGCCCAUUGGACGUGAAGCACGUAAAACAAUCGAGCAAUUCGCCUGUACGUGCAUUAGCCUGGAAGGUUGCGUGGGACAGGAAGCGAGGUUGGAUGACAUUUGUACGUGUCUACUCAGGGACAUUAACCCGUCAAAGUGUCCUUCACAAUAUCUCGCGCAAUGUCAAGGAGCGAGUAUCGAAACUUUUAAUGUUAUACGCAUCUGAGGCCGAAGAAGUCGAGGAACUGCCCUUUGGGUCCGUUGGCGUCAUCCUUGGGCUUAAGCACACUCGCACUGGUGAUACAUUAAUCACCAGCAGGGGCAAACAAAAAGAAUCUCAUUCAAUACCCGACAUCACACCUCCACCAGCAGUCAUGUCUGCCUCUAUAAUUCCUCAAUCGCAUUCAGAUCUGGAGCCCGUGGAAACUGCGUUGCAUUCAUUAGCACGCACAGAUCCGUCAGUCCGCGUCGAGACUCAGGAAGGUCAGAUUCUCGUUCAUGGACUAGGAGCUCUACAUCUUGAAAUCGUUGAGGGUCGACUACGGGACGAGUGGAACGUUCGUUUUGAGCUUGGCAAACGCCGUGUUAGUUUCAGGGAAGGACCAAGUCAUGAUUACCAGGGCUCGCCAUCUUGGGCCGUUGAUCUAACCGGGCAGUUUUUGAACUCGUCCGUGUCGUAUAGUGUUCGACCACUGGAAUUUGAUGAAGCUGGUGAUCCUGCGUGGGAUGGCAAUAUUGUUCUGCGCGACAACGGCAAACCUCUGCCAGCGCCGAGCUCCUUCUAUGAUUCAAAUGACCCAUAUGGCUAUAUCGGCCAAGGGAUUGCGAAUACCUUGUCGAAUUCACCAAACACAUCUCUUCCGCUCUCUCGCCACUGUGUUCAAGUUCAAGGAUUUCAAUUGCCUCCGGACAGUCCUAUUUCGACCCUAGCUGGCACCAGUGCUGUUGUUCUGCGCAACCUGUUUGAGCAAAUUGGAAUGGGCACUGUCAUGGAGCCUUUCAUUCAACUUCGCAUCUCUGUCGGCGAAGAUUCCCUCGGCAAAGUUAUCAAGGACCUCACAGAGCGCGGGGGCGAGGUCCUUGACCUUGCUGGGUCGAGUGUCCUCACUGAUAGUGACGAAGUUGGCCCGUUCCUUCAAGAGGGUCUCUACAUACCUCCUAAAUGGUUAUCACCUUCCACAAUGUCUUCCACAUCAACAGCGGGCUCUAAUGCUGGAGGCUUUCAGAUGCGCCGUUCUGUCCAUGCAGUAGCACCUCUCAGUCGGGUGCUGGAUUAUUCUACCCGACUUCGCGCACUCUCUGGAGGACACGGCCAGUUUGAAAUGGCGCCAUAUGGUUUCAGAGCAGUCAACAAGCCUCGGCAACUGGAGAUCCUACGAGAAAUAGGUAGAGCUUAA